CUAUCACAGUCAGAGAGCGCACUGAGCCGGCAGCCUAGAGAAGCGGCUUUAUAAAGAGCUAAAUUUACCAGACUUUACGUUCGUUUCCUGAACUCUCACAAUUGGCUGCUCUAUCUCAGCUUGGAGAGUUAUAAAGUCGGGGAGGACCUCCUACCACUUUUAAACUGCUGUUGGUGUGAUUGAAGCGCAGCUGUGGAGAGAGAGAGAGAAGGAGACAGUGAAAGCGCUCCAAACUGCUGCGGCUCAACUUCAACAGAGAUCAGAAGUUGUGCAAAUAUUAUAUCCCACUGAGCGAUGGCCCUGUCAGGAGUGAUGCUGCCAUCGUUUUCGACCUUCUCAAACCAAAGAGAAAAAAACUGGGAAAAUAGGUGGAAAGAAGAGAUGGACAAACACCCAUCUACGGGUUGCUCCAUGCUUGAACUGGUACAGAGUCUGGACUGUCAGAGCAAAAAGGACGACGAGGAUCUGAGCAAUUUCUUGGAUCUGGAUUUUAUUCUCUCCAACACGGCUGGAUCGGACAGCGCGGUGGAAUACGUUGGCACAGCUGAUCCCAUGUACUCAACAAGCGGGAACUCCGUGCCGCAGUACCCCGCAGAGGACCACCGCUCCCCGCCUCCUCCCUACGGCGCCAGCCUCAUGACGGAGCUGCUGCGCUCUGACGGACCCGGCGGCUACGGUGUCGCGCGCAACCCCGGCGUUCAGGGGAGAUUUUACAUCAACACGGCGCAGUUCCCCCGCCCGGAAAAUAUCAAAAUAGAGCCAGCAAUGGACAGCUACGGCCCCGUGAUGGGGAUGGUCCCUCAAAGCUGCAGCAGGAUCAAACAAGAAGGCAACGUUUCAUGCAUGAUGUCCUUCGAGCAGCCCCGUGUGGCCAUCUCCCCGCGGGCGGCCAGCAGCAUGACCCCGCCGCUGAGCCCAGACGACCAGCAGGCUACAGACUGCCAGGCGCAGAUGUGCUUCCAGCAGAAAUACAACACGGCUGCGUCCUUCCAGCACCACCCUCAGGCUCCUCACAUGCAGAUGCCCUACCACGCUCCGCAUCCCGGCUUCGGGAUGUACGACGAGGGUCUCGCCCUGCAGCCCGCGGGCGCGCAAAGGGUGUUGCUCACGCCGCCUUCAUCCCCGCUGGAGCUGAUGGAGUCCAAGCCGAAGAGAGGGAGGCGUACAUGGCCGCGUAAACGCACGGCGACGCACACCUGCACGUUUGCCGGCUGCGGAAAAACUUACACCAAGAGCUCACACCUGAAGGCACAUCUGCGAACUCACACAGGUGAGAAACCAUACCACUGCAGCUGGGAAGGCUGCGGGUGGAAAUUCGCCCGCUCCGACGAGCUGACCCGUCAUUUCCGUAAACACACCGGACACAGACCCUUCCAGUGCCACCUGUGCGAGCGCGCCUUCUCCAGGUCUGACCAUUUGGCGCUUCACAUGAAGAGACACAUGUGAAGGAGCUCACCAAAGGACUUGAUUGUGAUUCAGCUGUAUUUUUUUUUAUUUAAAAUGCUCUCCAAGUGGCCAAAUUCUUUUAUAUAUAUAUAUAUAUAUAGUAUUGAAUUAAAACGUUUUAGUGUAUUUUUUUCCCUAAAACUGUAGCUGGUACUACUUUGGUUGUAUAAAGAAAGCUUUGGAAAAGCUUCGUUUGCUUGAGAGCAGGCAGACCAAGAAGGGGCUGGCCCUGUAUAUACUACUCUUCUUUGACAGAACUGGAACGCUGUGUUUGACACAAAGUGCCUUUCUAUGACUGUGCUACUGUAAAACUCUUUGUAACAGAACCCAAAAAAUAUGUAAAUGUUCUUGUUGACAGGGGUAAAAAUGCACAUACAGUUGCCUAACAAGCGCAGAGACAAUGUUUUAUUUAAACUGCCUCAUGUGUCUGAACUGCCUUCUGACUUUUUUAUUUUUUGUCAUCCUAUUUGGAAUUUCUUUUCUUCUCCGUGUGAAUCUCUGGGAUCCAGCCCCUCUGUACACUAUCAGGGCUUGAUGUCCUGUGCAUUAUUUUUUACUUACAUUUAUAUGAAUAAGUACAUGGAUUUUAUACUGUAAAAAAUGUGUAUUUAUUGUAAAUAUUAAAAAGAACAGAUUUGAAAACAA